CCUCUCAGCUGUUGGACCCCGCCUCCCCCUGCCGUCUCACACCAACGGAGCCGGCCGCGACCCGCGGACCCCUGUGCCGUGCGGCCCGCGGCAGCGCGGCGCUGCCUGCCGCUCCCUUUGCCAUCGCCCCUGCUUGCACUCCCACCCGGCCCACCGCAACUCUCUCCCGCCUGUAUUUACCCCAGGCGGGGAUCUCGCCGCUGUUGCCCCGCGCAGGAUCCGGGGCCCGUUGCAGAACGGGAUUCAGUUGUGAUGUGCUUCUGCAAGAAGAACUGAGAAUCCAUUGCAUAGUUACACUUUGGGAACACUCUCCUCCUGAUGCAUUUUGAGAACUAAUUGAUUUGUCAUAGAAAUUCAGCAUGGGAGGAGCCGUGAGUGCUGGAGAAGACAACGAUGACUUAAUUGAUAACUUGAAAGAAGCUCAAUACAUUCGCACUGAGAGUGUGGAGCAAGCCUUCAGAGCAAUUGAUCGUGGUGAUUAUUAUCUGGAAGGAUACAGGGACAAUGCUUACAAAGACUUGGCCUGGAAGCAUGGAAAUAUACACUUGUCAGCACCUUGCAUUUAUUCUGAAGUCAUGGAAGCACUGAAGCUUCAACCUGGAUUAUCUUUUCUAAAUCUGGGUAGUGGAACCGGCUACUUGAGUACAAUGGUGGGAUUAAUAUUAGGACCUUUUGGGAUUAACCAUGGAAUAGAGCUUCAUUCAGAUGUGGUAGAAUAUGCCAAGGAAAAAUUGGAGAGCUUCAUAAAAUAUAGUGAUAGCUUUGAUAAAUUUGAGUUCUGUGAACCUGCCUUUGUGGUUGGUAAUUGUUUGGAAAUAGCCUCAGACAGUCAUCAGUAUGACCGGAUUUACUGUGGAGCUGGAGUCCAGAAAGACCAUGAAAACUACAUGAAAAUUUUAUUGAAAGUUGGAGGCAUUUUAGUAAUGCCUAUAGAAGAUCAGCUAACACAAAUCUUGAGAACAGGACAGAACACCUGGGAGAGCAAAAACAUCCUUGCAGUUUCAUUCGCUCCGCUGGUGCAGCCAAACCGAAAGGACAACGGCAAACACGACACUGUGGGACUGCCUCCAUGUGCUGUGAGGAACCUCCAGGACCUAGCUCGAAUAUAUAUCAGACGCACCCUUAGAAACUUCAUAAAUGAGGAGAUGAAAGCCAAGGGCAUUGCUCAGAAGGCUCCUCCCAAGCGCAAGCGCAGGAGAUGUCGCAGGCGCAGGAUUAACACCUACGUCUUUGUUGGUAAUCAGCUCAUUCCUCAGCCUCUAGAUAGUGAAGAAGAUGAAAGAAUGGAAGAUGACAACAAAGAGGAGGAGGAGAAAGAUCACAGUGAGGCCUUGAAGCCCGAAGAGCCUCCUCGAAAUCUCUUGAGAGAGAAAAUUAUGAGUCUACCGUUACCCGAAUCUUUAAAAGCAUACUUGACCUAUUACAGAGAGAAAUAACUUGGUUAAAGUAGAAAUAAUGCCUACUGAUAGUUCCUUUAUUCUUGAAAAAUGUAGCAUUUAUUCAGAAGUAGGUGGACAAAUGAUUAUUAGUCUUUCAUCAAGACUGAAGUGCAGCGAUAAAUGGUAACUUGUCUCUUAUCUUGUCUUUGCUACAAGGAAGACUUGCAUUCAACAGUAGAAUCCCUUUUUAAAGAUCUAUUUUUCUUUAAAUUUUGAAAAUGCUGUUUUAACUCUGAUAGAAGUUCUAUAUAUAUAUAUAUAUAUAUAUAUUCCAUUAUACAACACUAAUCAAUAUUUUGCAUGGUAAGUCUUUUUUGAUUCCCUAACAGAUUUGUAUUGAUAAAAGGACGAGUGACGUUUUAUAUAUGCUAAAUAAUUGUUAAAAACAUGUGCAUCUGACUUGAUGAGCAAUUUGUCUGUAUUUAUUACUAUUAUUAUUAGGGGAACAUUUUAAAACAUGCAGACACUUACCCUCUAAUGUCAGAAUCAGACCCCCCGUUUAAAGGUUUAUUUUACUAUGGCUUUGUUGCAAUCAUUAUCACUCCGUUGGUAUAGGUGUAUUCCAACAACACAAGUGCAAUAAACGUACACAGACACUGAAUGAGCUGGCUUUAAUGAAAUAGGGAAAUGCAAGUUCUGAAAUGUCAGAUGACCCUGCUACUUCUGCAUUUUAUCUUUUGCCAAAAGAUCUUGAGAAAAGUCACAGCUUCUCUCCGAGCCUUAAGGAAACAUCCUAUGGAAUAAGGAGCAAAGCAAUGCUUACUUCAGCUCUGCUUGUAUUUCACUCCACUCUACACUUCCAGUAUUUCUUAACCAGAGGCACUCCCCUCCUUUAUGGAAAGUUUAGGACAGUACAUUUUAUUUCUGCAGCUCACAGACUUAAAACUGUUUGGUAAUACAAGAUUGUAAUUUAGAUUUCAGUCAUCUAUAUUUACUGCUUUUAAGUAGAGGUAGAAUUUCAACAGAGUUUAGUUUGUAUUGCUUAUUGGGGUAGCUAUACUAGUAGAAUACUUAGAAUUUGUUCAGCAAAUGCACUUUAGUAAGUGAAUUUUAUACUUAACAUGCAUCUCCAAGAAAGGUAGACUUGUGCUAGCCUCUAUUUUGUUUCUGAGCAUGGCUCUUAGCACAAAGGUAUUUAUAAAAUCAUAUGCAUCUUUUGGAAACCUAAGAGUAGCAGUGCAGCUGUGGGGACCCACAACAGUGCUGAGUUGAGAUCCUUUUUACAGUUUUUCCUCUUCUAGUUGUGACGUUACUUGCAGCUCUCAUUUCUGACUUCUGUUUGCAUUUUACCAUCCUCAUUUCUUCCUUCUGCUGUAACAAAACCGUGAGGGAAACCACUGUUUGUUAGAACUUGGCAUGGUAAUGCAUUAAAAGCCACAAUCAUUUGAAACCUUAUGCCUGUUGGACCCAGUGAAAAACGCUCCUCUCUGAAAUGUCCUGCACGAUACAGUUGAUAAUACUGCUAACAACCUUUGGUGUAACAACAAAUAAAGCAGAAUAAGCACAUUGUCCUAAGCCAGGAAAUGUUCCUAGUCCAAGUACUUACAACCAGCCAAUGUUCAUGUGGUCUAACACUCCCAAAUGUAGAAGCGUUUAGUUGCAUCUGAGAGGGAAGGGGAAUAGAGCACUGACUGUGUGGGGCAUUUCAUGCUGUAGUCCCUGUUUUUAAGGUACAUCCUAGCAAUGCCCAAGUGGAACUUCCUGAAGGCCUGCUGUACCAGCAUGUGGAGUUAACUUUUCUG